AUGCCAUACGUGGACCGGCUGAACCGGAUCUGUGGGUUCCUGGACAUCGAGGAGCAGGAGCUGAGCGGCCGCUUCUACAGACGAUACUUUGUCCUGGACUCAGACCAAGGGACUCUACUGUGGUACAUGGACAACCCACAGAAUCUUCCAGAAGGAGCUGAGCAUGUGGGCUCUCUAAACCUCUCCUACAUCUCCAUGGUGAACGAUGCCUCCAAAUUACGUCCCAAGACGGAGUUCUGCUUUGUGGUAAACGCUGGUAUGAGGAAGUUCUACCUUCAGGCCAACGACCAACAAGACCUGAUGGAGUGGAUCAGUGUCCUCAAUAACGCAUCAAAGAUCACAGUGCCGCGGCUUGGGGAGAGUGCGCCCCCUUCUGGAGCUGAGCUGUUAGCAUCAAAACAGGUCUCCACCAAGACAGAGAUCAUCGGAGGAGUGCCCAUCAUCACUGCCACACAGGAGUCAAAUGGUGUAAAUGGUGCAGACAGGAAGAAGCCUCCGUCUCAGCUGCCGUACUUCCUGUCCAGACGAGCUCAGGACCAGAACGUCACCAAGGCUGGAUUCUGCGUCAAACAGGGAGCAGUGAUGAAGACAUGGAAAAGGAGAUACUUCCUGCUGGAUACACACACUCUGAGUUACUACAAGUCAGAUCUGGAGCGGGAGCCACUGAGGGCCAUUCCUUUGAAGGAGAUCCUCACUGUGCAGGAGUGUAAACACAGUGAUCCCAUGAUGAGAGACAACUUGUUCGAGUUGGUGACUGCAUACCGGACUUUCUACAUCCAGGCUGACAGCCCAGAGGAGAUGCACAGCUGGGUCAAAGCACUGUCCGGAGCCAUCGUGGCCCAGAGAGGACCAGGACGAGCUGGGAACCAUGACUCUGAUUCCGCCUCCACCUUCUACCUGCACGCUGACCCCGCCCUCUCCGGACCCAAUCCACUUCCUGGGGCUGUUGCCGUGGAGACAGCGUCACCGCCUGUCGCUCCCGGAGACGGUCAUCCAGGCGACUGCAGCAACACCGUGACAGAGGCAUCGCCGUGGAAAAAUCGGGGUUGCGACAACCUGCAGACCACGCUAAUGCCUUUACCAAAUGUGCCCUCGUCCAAUCACAGCCCGUGUUUACUCCGUAGUCUUUAUAACCGCGUGAGCUCCAACCCUCUUCACACUCUCCUCUUCAUCUCUGACAGACUCCACAGCCUCCUCUUCAUCACUCUUCAAUCUCCUCUUCUUCAGGCUCUCAUAAUGCGCACGUCCCCGCUCCUCCUGCCGCUCAUCGUGCUCCUUCUGGCGCGCGCUCAGGGCAGCAGAGACAGACGCGAGCUCCCGUGUCCAGAGAAGUGUGACACGUCCGCGUGCACGCCUCUGCCCUCGGAUUGCGUGCGCGCUGACAAGUUGGACAAGUGUGCGUGCUGUCCCGUGUGCACAAGCGGCGAAGGGGACACGUGCGCGACAGACGCAGACUGCGCGGAGGGCACGCGCUGCACGUUCCUGUCAGGAGCCGUGCAGGUGUCCGCGACAGUGAGACGCAGAGGGUCGCUGGGCACAUGCGCGUGCGCGAGCACGGAACAGGUCUGCGGGAGAGAUGGGAGAAAGUACCGCAACAUCUGCGAACUGAGGGCGCGCGCACAGCAGAGAGGCGCGUGCACGGGAGAGCUGCUGCAUGAGGACAGUCUCCGCUUCAAAUACAACUUCAUUGCUGACGUAGUGGAGAAGAUUGCUCCAGCCGUCGUCCACAUCGAGCUGUACCGCAAGCUGAUGUUCUCCAAGCGGGAGGUGGCGGUGGCCAGUGGCUCUGGGUUCAUCGUGGCAGAAGAUGGUCUCAUCGUCACCAACGCCCACGUGGUCACUAACAAACACAGAGUCAAGGUGGAACUCAAGAACGGAACCACAUACGACGCCAAGAUCAAAGAUGUGGACGAGAAAGCUGACAUCGCUCUGAUCAAGAUUGAGGCUCCAGAGAAGCUGCCGGUGCUGGUCCUUGGCCGGUCGUCAGGCCUCAGACCAGGUGAGUUCGUGGUGGCCAUCGGGUCUCCGUUCUCGCUGCAGAACACGGUGACCACAGGGAUCGUCAGCACCACGCAACGAGGAGGACGAGAGCUGGGACUCAGGAACUCGGACAUGGACUACAUCCAGACCGACGCCAUCAUCAACUAUGGAAACUCCGGAGGUCCCUUGGUGAAUUUGGACGGGGAGGUGAUCGGGAUAAACACAUUGAAAGUCACCGCUGGAAUCUCCUUCGCGAUUCCCUCCGACAAAAUUCAACAGUUUCUCUCAGAAGCUCAGGAACGCCAGGCCAAAGGACAAUCCUCUCCGAAGAAAAAAUACAUUGGAGUCAGAAUGAUGAGCCUCACACCUCGUCUGUGGAAGGAGCUGAAGGAGCGACAGGUAGACAUCCCUGAUGUGACGUCUGGAGCUUAUGUCAUCGACGUGAUCAGCAGAACCCCAGCAGAGACUGCUGGUUUGCGAGAGAGUGACGUCAUCAUCAGUAUAAACGGUGAGACGGUGACUUCAGCAAAUGAUGUCAGUGCUGCCAUAAAGCGAGACCAGACGCUGAAAACCGUGGUGCGCCGUGGCAACGAGGAUGUCAUCAUCAACAUCGUACCAGAAAGCAUCGACCCCUGA